UCUCUCACAUAAACUUUCAUUACAAAAAUUUCAAUUUUCCUCUCAAAAUUUUUACCUUUUGGACGUUCUCGCAACUAAUUCUUGUUGGCGAGGGGAAAUUUUGAAGCUGCAGCAGAAGAAUCCAUCAGAAUUCCGAAGUGUGGUUGUUUUGAUCGGAACAAAUUUCUACUUAGUAGUUGGGACUGGAUUAGAUCUGUUUUUCAUCCUUUCCCUUUUACUCAAGGGAGGAGACUUAACAGAGAGAUGAAACGGUUGAGAGAUGAGGUGUAUAUGAAUAAUCCUCAGUUUAAGCGGCCAUUCGGUUCGCCGUCGUCUCGCGGGGAAUCGCAUGGGCAAUCACAAGCUCCUGGUGGCGGUGGUAAUGCUUCUGUAGCUGGUGGCAGUGGGACCGGCGGUGGUGGAGUUGGAGGAGGAGGAAGAGGUGGUGUUAGUAGUAAUGGUGGUGGGGCUGGGGUUAGUACCAGUGGUGCUGGUGUUGCUGCUGCUAGCACACAAAAACUAACUACGAAUGACGCCUUGAGUUAUCUUAAGCAAGUUAAGGAUAUGUUCCAAGAUCAAAGGGAAAAGUAUGAUAGGUUCCUCGACGUCAUGAAAGAUUUCAAGGCUCAAAGAAUUGAUACUGCUGGCGUCAUUGGGAGGGUGAAGGAAUUGUUUAAAGGACACCCUAAUUUAAUCCUUGGAUUUAAUACAUUCUUGCCUAAGGGCUAUGAAAUUACCCUCACUGAAGAAGAGGAGGCUCCACCAAAAAGGACAGUUGAGUUUGAAGAGGCGAUCAGUUUUGUGAAUAAAAUUAAGAAACGUUUUCAAAAUGAUGAUCAUGUUUAUAAAUCUUUCCUAGACAUCUUGAAUAUGUACCGGAAGGAACACAAGGGGAUAACUGAGGUCUACCAAGAGGUUGCAACGCUUUUUGAUGAUCAUGCCGAUCUUCUCGACGAGUUUACCAGAUUUCUCCCUGAUACUUCAUCUACUGCUCCGGCAUCUCAUGCUUCUUUUGGUAGACAUCCUUUCAAUCGGUAUGAGGAGAGGAGUUCUGCCUUGCCUGCAAUGCGUCAGUCGCACAUAGACAAGCAGCGGCAACGGAGGGACAGGGUUAUUGACCCUAAUGGAGACAGAGAUCUUAGUGUUGAGCGUCCAGAAACAGAUGAUGAUAAAACAGUUAUGAAGUUGCACAAGGAGAAGAAGCACAGUGACAGGGAAAACAGGGACAGGAGAAAUCGUGAUCAGGAUGAUAGAGAUCCUGACAAUGAGAACAAUGGUGAUAUAAGCAUGCAACGACAUUCUGACAAAAGGAAGUCUGCUCGAAAAGUCGAAGACUCUGGUGGGAAUUCGACGUUGGCACCAUAUGAUGAUAAAGAUGCAGUAAAAAGUAUGUACAGCCAUGAAUUCAAUUUCUGUGAAAAGGUCAAAGAGAGGUUGCGCAGUGCAGAUGACUACCAGGCAUUCUUAAAAUGCCUUCACAUUUACAGUACAGAAAUCAUUACUAGAAAGGAAUUACAGAGCUUGGUUGCUGAUUUACUUGGAAAAUAUCCAGAUCUUAUGGAGGGAUUCAAGGAAUUUUUGGAGCGCUGUGAGCGGAUCGGUAAUGGAUUUCUGGCUGGUGUAAUGGGCAAAAAAACAUUAUGGAAUGAAGGAAAUUCCUCAAAAUCUGCAAGGAUAGAAGAAAAGGAGAAAGAACCAAAGCGUGAAGUGGAGGGAGGGAAAGAGAAGGAUAGGUACAAUUUAAAAUACUGGGGAAAGUCCAUUCAGGAGCUCGACCUUUCCGAUUGUCAGCGUUGCACUCCCAGUUAUCGGCUCCUUCCUGAAGACUAUCCAAUAGCCACAGCUAGCCAGAGGUCAGAGCUUGGUGCUCAGGUUCUAAAUGAUCACUGGGUGUCUGUGACAUCUGGUAGUGAGGAUUACUCAUUUAAACACAUGCGAAGAAACCAGUAUGAAGAAAGUCUAUUUAGAUGUGAAGAUGACAGGUUUGAGCUGGACAUGUUAUUGGAGUCUGUCAGUUCAACUGCCAAGCGAGUAGAGGAACUUGUGAACAGUAUGAAUAAUAAUUCAAAUGGUUCUGAUGGUCCUACACGAAUAGAGGACCACCAUUUUACAGCUCUCAAUUUAAGAUGCAUUGAACGCCUAUAUGGUGACCAUGGUCUUGAUGUGACGGACAUUUUGCGUAAAAAUCAAUCUUUGGCUUUGCCUGUUAUCCUCACACGUCUGAAGCAGAAGCAAGAGGAAUGGACUAAAUGUCGAUCUGAUUUCAACAAAGUUUGGGCUGAAAUAUAUUCUAAGAACCACUACAAGUCUCUUGAUCACCGGAGCUUCUAUUUCAAGCAACAAGAUUCUAAGAACUUGAGCACAAAAUCCUUAGUGGCAGAAAUCAAAGAAACCAAGGAGAAACGGCAAAAGGAGGAUGAUGUACUACUUAGUAUUGCUGCUGGGAGCAGGCAUGCUAUCAUUCCAGACAUGGAAUUUAAAUACAUUGAUUCUGAAGUUCAUGAAGACGUCUUUAGGAUUAUCAAAUACUCAUGUGAGGAGGUCUGUUCAACAAAAGACCAGUUGAAUAAAGUGUUGAGGUUCUGGAAAACUUUUCUUGAGCCAAUACUCGGUGUUCAGUCCUGGCUGCGUGACUCGGAAACUGAUGAUGAUCAUGGUGCCACUAAAUGUCAAAUACUGAAAGGAAGCACAACUGGCGUAGUUGAAAGUGAAGGCAGUCCUAAUGGGAAUGCUGUAACCACGAUAUUGAAGCCACCAAAAUCGAACUGCAAUGGUACCUCCAGUAGUUCACCUGAACAAGCAAAUGUCUGCCAGACUGAUUUGAUGAAUGUGGGUGUGUUGCCCAAGGAAGGAGUAACUAUGUCAUCUGGUGAAAGAUUAACAAAUUGUGAGAUCGCUGGUACUUCAGCCCCUGACGUUAACCCUGGACGUAGUGCAAAUUCGUCAAAAGUGAUUAAUGGUCCAAUCGAGGAAGGCAGCGAAGGGAAACCUAAAACAGACAAUAUGUUUUCCUCAGAGGGCGGGGAGACAUUGAGAUUAAAUCAAUCAACGACUGGAGAGUUUGCAGAAGGCUCUAAACUUGCUUCAUAUAACGUUGAUCAUGCGGAUCCUUGUAAAAUCGAAAAAGAAGAGGGCGAAUUGUCUCCUACUGGAGAUUUUGAAGAUAAUUUUGGUGCAUAUCCAGAUGCUAGCUUGCAAACCUUGCCUGAGAAAAAUCAUGGGAAUGUUGGGAUGCAGGGUCAAACAGCUAGUCAUGAUGAGAUAUGUGUAGAUACUGCUGGUGAAAAUGAUGUAGAUGCUGAUGAUGAAGACAGUGAAAAUAUUUCUGAGGCUGCAGAAGAUGUUUCAGGCAGUGAGUCCGCUGCUGAUGGAUGUUCAAGGGAAGAACAUGAGGAAGAGGAUGAUGCAGAGCAUGAUGAUGUUGAUGGUAAAGUUGAGAGUGAAGAUGAGGCUGAAAAUACUAGUGAAGCUCAAUAUCAUGGUGGCGAUGGUGCAACGGUCCCACAGUCUGAACGAUUUUUGCAGACCUGCAAGCCUCUGUCAAAGCAUGUGGCUUCCCCGUCAGUAGGUGAUGAAAAGAAGGAUCGACAUGUUUUCUAUGGCAAUGACACAUUUUAUGUGCUCUUCAGGUUGCAUCAGACACUGUAUGAAAGAAUAUUAUCCGCCAAGGUGAAUUCUGUAUCUCGUGAAUCAAAAUGGAGAACCACAAAGGAAGCUAGUUCUGAUCCUUAUGGGAGUCAUGUUUACUUCAGGUUUAUGAGGGCUUUAUUUAGUUUACUUGACGGAUCUUCUGAUAAUGCCAAAUUUGAAGACGAUUGUCGAUCUUUGAUUGGAAACCAGUCAUAUGUGCUUUUCACACUGGAUAAGUUGAUUUAUAAGUUGGUGAAGCAGCUCCAAACUGUUGCAACUGAUGAGAACGACCUGAAGCUGCUUCAGUUGUAUGAAUAUGAGAAGGCAAGGAAGCCCGAGAAGUAUGUUGAUUCAGUUUAUUAUGAAAACGUCCAUGUUGUUCUGCACGAAGAGAAUAUAUACCGGCUUGAAUUUACAUCUAAUUCUACCCACUUAUCCAUCCAAUUGAUGGAUGAUGGAUGCGAGAAGUCUGAAGUUGUUGCAGUUUCGGUAGAUCCUAACUUUGCAACCUAUCUACAUAAUGAUUAUCUUUCAGUUCAUCAUGGAAAAAAGGAGUCAUCAGCAAUUAUGCUGAAAAGGAAUGUGCGCAAGUAUAGUAAUUUGGAUGAAUCUACAGCUUUCUGCAGGGCAACAGAAAAUGUCUUGAUCAUGAACGGCUUGGAAUGUAAGAUGGCCGCCACCUCAUCAAAGAUCUCAUACGUCCUCGACACAGAGGACUUUUUUAUUCGCCUGGGAAGGAGAAGGGAGAGAAUGAAAGAACUACAAUCGCAGAAAGCCCAGGCAAGGGUAGAACAGUUUCGCCAGUUUCUGACGUCUUCUGUGAGUUAGCAAGUCCCUCUCUGAUGCCUUUAGAUUUUACUCCUGGAAUUUGACAGGUACAUAAUUGCUCGUGCAACUUAUUUAUUUACUUGUCGAUGAAUCAAAUAACAAGGAAGCAUCGAGUUGGUUAGGAUCGAAUAAUCUCUCGAGAUGAAGCGAAAAUGGCGCAAGAGUGCCGUUUCUUUGUACAUAGUGAGGAGGGUUCCCCCCCUAACCUUGAACAUGUUUAUUCGAUUGUGUUGGUUUUGGGCUUUGUUGUACUGAGCUACUUGAAAUGUAAAAGGUGGCAAAUUGGUGGGAUAGGUAGAAAUAGUAUAGCAGAAUUUGAUGUUCAACUAUUCAUUAUCUUUUUUUCUGGAAUACAUAUAUAAAUAUGUGAAUAUAGUUCACUUUCUAUU